CCGAACCAAAGAGGAGGAGAGCUGGGUUUUUGGAUCACAAACACCCAAGGGACGAACCAAAGAGAGAGAGGGCGAUUUGAGGGCAUUCUUGGAGUAGAGAAGGAAGAUUUCUUCGCCUUGGAAGCUUGAGGAACAAGCCCGGACUUGAAGACUGAUCAUCUGAAGAUUCUUACUGCAGUCUCUCUCUUCUCUAUGGAGUAACUUCCCUUCACUUAGGUUUUGAGGAACCCUAGCUAUGUUUGUUUGAUUGGAUGAUUGUAUGAGUACUCUGACUUGAUAAUCUUGAGUUCAUAUUCAAUCUAUGCAUGUUUUCAUGAUUCAAUUCUGCUUUAGUCGAGAUUAUUGAUUCUGCUUUGAUCCUAUGAGAGGGAAUACCUGAUUAGGUCAAUAGAGCACCAUAGAUUGAUAGUAGUGGAUCGAUUGCUUUAGUCAAGGGUUGAUUCACUGCUUUGUAUUGAUUGAGAACCUCUUUCGAUAGAGGGAGUCUAGUUCAGAACGCCUUGAUUAGUUGUUCUAGAGAAGGAUACGUCCCUCUAGGCAAUUGACUCAAGAGGGCCUUGUUCCUUUAGUCGAGACUCAAGGUCUAGUCAAGGAUUCUCCGCAUUGUGAAUGAAAGUGAAACAGGUUAGAGAUCAUCAAUCAUUAAUCUGGCUAGUGGCUAGGGGGAAUCAUACCUAAGUGAGUUCCCAACCUGUAAUUAGAUUAACUUUAACUGUAGUUUGCUAGAGUAGUUUUAGUUCUUUCAUCUUAAUCUGAUUUUCUAAAUAAUAAACUGAAGCUGAGUAAUAGUAACUCUAGAGACCCGUGGAUUCGAUAUUUAUCACUUGAGCCACUAUACUGCAGUCCCUUUCAUUGGUUACACUUGGCCUUUGUUAGGUGUUGUGUUUUAGACCAGUCAAGUUUUUGGCGCCGUUGCCGGGGACUUUCUAGAGUAUUAGGAAAGGCAGAAGUUUGUUACUUUAGCGUUUUUCUUUUCUUUUCCACCCUUGCUUUUCACUUGGAUGUUUUUGUUUUUGUUGGUGCAGAUCUGAAUCAUGGAUCCUAAUGGCUUCUCCAAUCAUUGGGGGUAUCCACCACCACCUGAGUGGUAUUACCCCGAGACUCCCUGGAGCAAUCAAGGAAGAGAAGACUAUGGAUUCGGGUUCCAGUACCAACCCCCUUACUAUGGAGAACAACCGGAUCCCUGGGCAUAUCAAGAACAACCUCAUUACCAAGAAGAACUUUUCCCACAACCAGAGGGGCCAUUGGAGCUGGAGUUACCCAUGGCGGCCUUCACCGGCCAUUCUGCAGAGCCAUGCUACACUCCACAGCCAGAUCCACACUAUGUAUUGAGACUUCUCAUGGAGCAGUUUGCUCGAGACUGUGAUAGAACAUGCUCCAGGAUGGAUCAUUGUGUCCAGGCCUAUCGUGAAACAGAGGAGAUCCUCCUGAGCCUUAAGAAGAGCGUCGAUGAUCUUGAGCGAUCUUGGGCACAGCCUGCUCCAGAUCACCCUUCUGCUACCAUACAAGAAGAGGAGGAGGAAGAAGAAGGCUACAAGGACAUUGUGGAGCACACUGAAGUUGUCACGGAGAGCUCUCGUGAUGAUCAUGAUCAGGAGUGUCCUGUCGUAGCCGACCGCACCUUCCCACACCCCAAACUGCGCUUUGAAGAGGCGGGCAUGAGUGAGGAGUUGCAAGAAGAUCUCAUGAAAGAAAUUGCUUGGCAACUUGCUCUCCAAUCCGUGCUAGAAGAAGAAGAGCAACAAAGGGUGCAGAAAGAAGUUGUGGAGGAUGACGAAAGUGAAGCAGGAGGAGUUCUUGAUCAUUUCCCAGGGGUGAUACCACAUGAAGAAGAAAGGGGGGUUGAAGAAGCAAUUGGCGUCCAGGCUGAGGACGGAGUUAAGGUGGAAGAGGCCUGCACUGGCCAUGAGUUACAUGUGAUAUCUCCACCAAACUUCGAGGAACUGCUUAGCAAGGACCCAUUUGCAGUGUCUCUUUGCCAGACCAAGGCCACCUCGACAUCGGUCCCUCUUGGUGGACGCGAUGGUGGCCAAUCGAUGCUGUCAUAUCUGGUUUGGGGCAAUGAGACGAGAGAAGAGAAGGAGAGGUCUCGAGGGUGGAGACUUCAUCUGCAUCAAGUACAUGAGCCUUCAUCACCUGCCACACCACAUGCUCGUGACUUGAGACUCCACCUCAUCGACGAGAACCUCAACUUCAAGGAGGUUCUAGCAUGGACCGAAACUUAGGAGCCAUCGUCCGGCUCACGACGUGAAAGAAGCGCUUGUUGGGAGGCAACCCAACCAGUCGGUUUGCAUUUCUGUCUCUAUUUCUCCUCGGUUGAGUCAGUUUGCUAUUUGAUUUUAGAGUCAAUAACUCAACCUUUGUGAGAUUUUGUGUGUUGUUUGUGUUCUGAUUACUCUCUCUUUCUGGAUGGCACCGCCUGACCCGUUCAUCAUCAUUCACCCUUGAUCUGGUAACUUCGUUCUACCCUCCUUAUCUUUCCUCCAUUGAGGACAAUGUCGUGCUUAAGUGUGGGGGGGAUGUUCGAUUAUUUAUGCGGGUGAAUGUUUAGCUGUUUGUGUGCUUGGAGCCUAGUCCACUGUCCAAAUUUUUAAAUUUGAGGGCUCCAAGUACGUGUUCCUUGCAAUUGCCUGCUCAGUAUGCUUUGAAUUGACUGUCUUUAUAGUAAUAUGCAACCUAGGGAGGUAGUGUAGCACUAUGGAGGAUGUUGAUGCAUUUAAGAAGUCUCAUUUCUUCUUCAUAUUGAGUUGGUUGAUUGAGUGAAUUAGUGAUCUUAGGACCCUUGAAUUGUGUGGUGUUGUGGAUUCUCUACCUGUCAUGGACUCUUGUAUCAUGUUUUAAGUUUAACAGGUGCUCGAAAAUGUGCUUCAAAAUAACGUCUCCCGUGCGAAUAGGGCGAAAGUGUGUAAGGGGAGAUGGGAAUCCGUUCCCAAUUUCCACCUACUACCUCCAGCCCCCUUACAUGUCUUUCCCCUGCACGAGGCUCGAGACAUCCGCUCCUGGCAUGGCCGGUAAGAGCAGGAUGGGACACUUGGAAAAAAAAAUAACAGAAAACAAGCAAAACAGAAAGAAAAGGGGUUCCAACCA